AGUUAAUAAUCCGACCUUAGUCUCGUCAAAAAUGGCCACCCAGUUUUAAACAAAGCACUGCGUAAAUAAUAUUUAAAAGUGAUUUUUUCAAUAGAAUUCAUUUGAUAUUAUUCAAUUUUUUUUUAAAUUUAGUAUAUUUAUAUAAUUAUUAAUAAUGUUGGAUCUAGAAAUUAUACCAGAACGUUCAUUGGGAUGUGAAAAUUGGGAGUUUAUUUUAGGAAUGCAUUUUUCACAAGCUGUUGCAAUAAUUCAAUCCCAAGUGGGAAUUAUAAAAGGCGUACAAGUUUUAUAUAGUGAUACGAAUCCCUUAGCUGUUGAUUUAGUUAUAAAUUUACCUCAAGAUGGCAUUAGACUGAUCUUUGAUCCCGUUGUUCAACGAUUAAAAAUAAUAGAAAUCUAUAAUAUGAAAUUAAUCAAAUUAAAAUAUUGCUCAUUAACAUUUAAUUCUCCUGAAAUAUUACCUUCAAUUGAGCAAAUUGAACAUUCGUUUGGAGCAACACAUCCUGGUGUUUAUGAUGCUGAAAAACAAUUAUUUGUUUUAAAUUUCCGUGGACUAUCAUUCUAUUUUCCAAUUGAUAGUAAAUUUCAGCCAUCGUAUGCACAUGGAUUGGGAUCAUUACAAUUUCCGAAUGGAACAUCACCAUUGGUUUCUCGCACUGCCGUUUAUACAGGAAAUCAAAUAUCAGAAUGUUCACCACCGGAAAUGCCACUUAGUUGUUUCUAUAAUCAUUUAUAUUUAGAACGAGCAGACGUAUUACGUGAAAGGCAAUACACCAAAGGCCUCAAACUUCAUUUAUAUACAGAAGGAACGUCUAGAGGUUUAGAAAGUAGUCGGGUAUCAUUAAUACGAACAGUGAAAUUUGGACAAGCAUGUCAAACAAUAUGUUCAGCGCUUGGUGCACCAUCAAAAGUAUUUUACAAAUCUGAAGACAAAAUGAAAAUACAUAGUCCAGACGCAAAUCGACGUGCUGCUCAUCGUCGAAGUGAUUACUUUUUUAAUUAUUUUACUUUGGGUUUGGAUAUCUUAUUUGAUGCAAAAACGCAUCGAGUGAAAAAAUUUGUUCUUCAUACAAAUUACCCUGGACAUUAUAAUUUUAAUAUGUACCACCGUUGUGAAUUCAAUUUAAAUUUAUUACCAACUAACACCGACAACACAUCACUAACUGGCUCGUCGAAAUUAUUAGAUUUGAGUCCAUCACAUGUGACUAUAUCAGCGUACACAAAAUGGGAUACAAUUUGUGAACAAUUGAAACCUUCGGAACGACCAGUGGUGUUAAAUCGUGCCAGUUCAACGAAUACAACAAAUCCAUUUGGUUCCACAUUUUGUUAUGGUUAUCAAGAUAUUAUUUUUGAGGUGAUGCCAAACAAUUAUAUUGCAUCGGUAACAAUGUAUAAUACAAACAAUAAGAAAAAUCAUUUUCUAAAUGAAAAUAAACGUUCUACAAAUAUUGUAUCAGCGUGACAAAAAAUGUCAGCCGUAUACCGUAUUCCUUAAAUAUUUAAUUAUUAUGUGAGUGGGUAUUUGGCAAACAUAAACUUAAUUUUACAAAAACAUAAAAAAAAAAAAUCACAUA